GGGUGCUGUCGUUUGCCUCUGUAAUCAGUAUAUACAGCCGAGAUUCCCCUUCCACCUCAACAGUGUCGACUCGGCUACAAACCCAUACCGAUUGAAUUGUGUCUCUCUCUACUCUGCCCCUCUCUCUUAAUCUCUGCCGGCGGCCGUCACAUCCAUUCGCUGCUUUUGUUAACACCGCAGCCACAGAGACAAAGCCGUUGCUAAUAACGAUCAAUUUUCUUGUCAUCUGCAACCAUGAUCUCUUUUCAAGCUCUCGUCCAACCAUUUCCCUCCACUAUAACUAUGCCCUCUCAGCGCAUAUACCCAGUAUACUCAUUUUCCUAUUUAACCCCUCAUGCGUCUGUGAAGACCACAGUCCCUUCUUCCUCCCAACAUCUGGAGAGAAUGGUCCCUGAGAGGGAUGAAAUUCGUCUUGGGUUACCAAGUAAAGGUCGCAUGGCUCAAGACACCUUAGAUCUUCUCAAGGAUUGUCAACUCUCAGUUAGGCAGGUGAAUCCUCGACAAUAUGUUGCAGCAAUUCCACAGCUUGCAAACUUAGAAGUAUGGUUUCAACGACCCAAGGAUAUUGUGCGCAAAUUGCUGUCAGGAGAUUUAGACCUUGGUAUUGUGGGUUUAGAUAUAGUCAGUGAAUAUGGACAGGGAAAUGAGGAUUUGAUCAUAGUUCAUGAUGCACUUGACUAUGGGGAUUGCCGUUUAUCCCUUGCAAUUCCUAAUUACGGGAUUUUUGAGAAUAUAAAUUCACUGAGUGAGCUAGCCCAAAUGCCUCAAUGGACUGAUGAGAAGCCUUUGCGAGUUGUUACUGGUUUUAAUUAUCUGGGUCCUAAGUUUAUGAACGAGAAGGGAGUGAAGCAUGUCACUUUUUCAACUGCAGAUGGAGCUUUGGAGGCAGCUCCUGCGAUGGGGAUUGCAGAUGCUAUUUUGGAUCUUGUGAGUAGUGGAACAACACUGCGUGAAAAUAAUUUGAAAGAAAUUGAAGGUGGAGUUGUUUUAGAAAGCCAGGCUGUCCUUAUUGCAAGCAAGAAAUCUCUGAUCCAGCGUAAAGGUGUCUUGGACAUUACACAUGAGGUGCUUGAAAGACUGGAGGCUCAUUUGAGAGCCGCUGGUCAGUUCAUGGUAGUUGCAAACAUGAGGGGGACUAGCGAAGAGGAAGUGGCUAAGUGCAUUGUAAACCAGACAUCAUUAACUGGGUUGCAGGGACCUACCAUAAGUCCAGUCUUCUGUAAACGUGAUGGGAAGGUUGUGGUAGACUAUUAUGCAAUUGUCAUUUGUGUGCCAAAGAAGGAACUCUACAAAGCCGUUCAGCAGCUGAGAGCAAUUGGAGGCAGUGGGGUUUUGGUUUCUCCUUUGACAUAUAUUUUUGAUGAAGAACCUCCAAGGUGGCGUUCACUUCUUACAAAGCUUGGGCUUUGAUCUUGUGGGAGAUGUCCCAGCGGUGCAGAUGCACAUUUUUGCUGCAGGUUUUGUGCUAGUAUUUCCAAUUAAAUGCUUCGAGAGGAUGACCUUUAUUGAUCUCAUUUAUAUAGAGUUAGACAUAGCUAUUAUGGAUAGCAAGAAAAUUUCAACUUUCCUGCCAUCUUAUCACUUUUUUUUUUGGGGGGGGGGGGGGGGGGGGGGUGAGGUGUGGGGAUGGGUCGUUUGCAGUUUUCAGAUUCAUUUAUAAAACCAUGUCUCCCUUGUAUUUACUAGAAGGUCUUUAUUAUUGCACAUGAAUGUGUUUUGAGUAACCUUCAUUGGCCACAGUACCCUGCUUUGUUUAGAACUAGGGCUUAGUUUGAAACAUGUAUGAGUCCUAACAGAGUUUGAACCUAA